AUGCUCACUUUCGUUCGGAAAAUGAUCAACAGUCCGGAUCGUAACCGGGAGCUUAUGUUGGAAAAUUUGGAACGGGAAAAUCGUUUUUUGGAUCAAAAAGAAAUGGAGGAGAAGAUGGAACGCGCGCUUCAGGCGAAUCCCUCUGAAAUGGAUUCGAUUAUUUCCAACCAGAUGGAGAAUUUAGCUCUGGACACUAACACAGAAGGAGUGUGUACCUCUAAAAAGGGUGUGAUCACUAGCUUGACCUGCGACCGUGGAGUAAUCGAUAAAGACGUUCUCUUUGACAGCAAGGUGGCAGAGGGUAUAUUCCAGGAGCUAAAUGUUGGCUGUGUCGUAGAAUAUCUGACCUUUACAAAGGGCGAAUCAACGCGGGUGGUAAAGGUGAAGAGCAUCCUUGAGCAUACUUGGGAGGAUUCCAACCAAAACAACAUCGAAGAAGCUUUAGACAAACUAAGAGAUGAGAAGCCCACUUAUUUUAACACCCAGAUUAGAAGCGUGUUAGGCCUGAUUCGCCAGCGAUUGGCAUCCUCCAUAGACGUGGAGACGGAAUACGGACAGAUCACCGUCGAGCUAGACAACGUCGAGGUGUCCUUCAUACCAAAAACGGGAGAUCGGGUGCGCCUAGAGUGCAACAUUCAGCUGGACGAUGGUUUUGUUGAUAAGCAAGGAGAAAUCCUGCAGGUCACUAAGGUGUUUCCCACUCGCAUCCAGGAGGGUGAAAAGUGCAUAGUAGAGCGCGUUUAUACGGAUUUAGCGGUGCUGGAUCCGGAAACCUACGUUCUGAAAACGGAUCUGCCGCCCGGCAUGGAUCUUCAUUUGGGCGAUUUUGUUCUCGCCAAUCUCAUUGAGUGUCAGUAUUCCAAAUUUACGAGACGCGCUGUCAAAAUAACUCCGCUGGAAAAAAACUUUGGGGUAACAAAAUUGAGAUCUCAGGGUUAUAGUGGAACUUCCAGCAGUGGACACGCGGUAUCGGUCAAGGGUAAAGAUCGUAUCAUCACCACAGAACUCUGGCAAAAGCAGACUGUAUCUAUAAAAUUGAUCAAUAACUUGGAUCGCAAGCUGCUUCUGGAGAAAAUUGUUGUCUCCAACGAUAGUGAAUCCCAGCUGAGCCUGAUAGAACCGCUUGAGCCCAAGAACCUUAACAGCGGGGCCGAAAUAACUGUGGUCUUCGAAAUUCACACCCAGUUCCUAGGUGAAGCAACCGAGAACUACGUCAUACAUUUCGACAAAUUCAAGGUGAGGCGCUCUUUUACGGUAAUCGUUUGCGAAACAAAGGAACAAGCCGCUGAAGCUGAAAAACGUAUAAAAGCGGCAGAAAGUCUCAUUGCACCCGGAAGUAACGCCCUGCAGAGAUCCAGAUUCUACGCCAACCAGGUUUGGUGCAACAAGGGGGAUGUGGUUCCGGGAGAACAUUUGUUCACCAAACGCAGAUUCAUUGCCACGCGUUUAGGUUAUUUUGAGGUCCCGCAAACUUUGCGCCAAAUGUAUUUGGCCAUUGAACGGCGCCAAGAUAUGAUUGAUGCCAUCGAGAAGCAAUAUCCAUGCAUCAAGGAACCCCUAACCGUUAGUAACUAUGUACAGCGUUUCAGUGUGUUUCUUCACCUCGAGGAGAUUGAGUGCUUUGUGAACUUUCGCAACUACGACAGAGAACGAGCCCAUUUCCUGAGAGACGGAGACUAUCUCGCACUUCAAAUCGAGAAUCUAGCCGAGCGUCGUCCUUCGCUGGUCUUAGGCGAUACAGUUCGAGCAAUAAAUCCGUGGUUGGAACCCGAUUCCCCGACGACCAAAACAUAUGAGGGCGUUAUCCAUAAAGUGCUAUUUAACCGAGUUCUACUAAAAUUCCACGCCAGUUUCCAGGAGAAAUAUAAUGGCGAGGAUUAUCGACUGGAGUUUCAUUUCUCGCGCUAUGGUUACCGCAAGCAGCACCAUGCCAUCUCGAAGAUUUUGAGUGUGUUGGGGGAAAACUUCCUUUUUCCCAAUAAGGUAACAAAGCGCGAAAAUCCGCAAUUGGACGUGCGGAUGGAGGGCGAUGAUAUGUAUCUAUACGAUUCGAAAUUACCAUGGUUUAAUUCAUCGCUCAACUGCAUCCAAAAGCAGGCUGUCUUUAAUAUACUGCGCGGUGAAGCUGAAAAUAUUCCGUAUGUGAUCUUUGGACCGCCCGGCACAGGAAAAACCGUGACACUGGUAGAGACAAUACUGCAGUUGGCGAAAAAUGUCCCAAGUGCUCGAAUAUUGGUUGGGACACCUUCGAAUAGCUCAGCUGAUUUGUUGACAAAGAGACUCAUUGACAGCAAAGCUUUGCUCCAGGGAGAUUUCAUUCGUCUUGUGUCCCAGAAUCUAGUGGAGAAGGAGUUUAUUCCUCCCGAACUGAUGAGCUACUGUGCCACCAUAGACUUAGGCUCCAUGGGCUCCUGCGAGGAAAAAAUGGUGGUCACCGAAUCGGGACUGAAGCUACGUUGCCAGAUGAAGUUUAUGGGAUCCCACCGAAUCACUAUCUCCACAAGUGCUUCUUUGGGAAACUUCAUACAGAUGGGAUUCCCACCGGGGCAUUUUACCCACGUGCUUUUCGAUGAGGCUGGUCAAUGCACCGAACCUGAGACAAUGAUUCCUAUUAUAAUGCUAACGAAAAACCGGAGUCAAGUGAUUUUAGCAGGUGAUCCUCGGCAGCUGCAGCCCGUUGUGAUUAAUUAUUUUGGGAAGAAUAACGGAUUUUCCAUAUCAUUCCUGGAGAGAUUGCUGGAACAAUCGCCCUAUCGAAAGGAUCUUCAGAGAUAUCCUAGCAACUCAGGUUACAAUCCUGAUGUUCUGACCAAGUUAUUGUACAAUUACCGAGCAUUACCGUCGAUUAUGAGCAUAUAUAACAAACUCUUCUACGAUGACGAACUAAUCUCUGUUUUAUCCGAAAAAGAUUCGAGGGAAAUUCAGCUUCUAACCAAGCUACGAUGCGUUUUCGAGCCCGAAAAGGAUUGGCCGCAAGCGCAUGGGACGUUCUUCUAUGGAAUCACUGGAGAGAACAGGCAAGACAUCGAUUCCCCUUCGUGGUAUAAUCCUCAUGAGGUCAAGGAAGUAUUCCUCAUGACCAUAGCUCUGUAUCGUGCUAAUGUAACACCAGAACAGAUCGGAAUACUCACGCCAUAUGUGAAGCAGGUCAAGAUGUUGCGAAACAUGUUCGUUGGGACAGAUGUGGCCAUGCCGAAGAUUGGUACCGUUGAAGAGUUUCAGGGACAGGAACGUGACAUUACUCUCAUCUCCACGGUGCGCUCUACGGAAGCAAUCCUCAAAACAGACGCCCUGUAUUCCUUGGGCUUUGUGCUUUCCCACAAACGUAUGAACGUGGCUGUUUCCCGGGCUCGUGCCAUGAUGAUCAUAUUUGGGAAUCCCCGUCUUCUAGCCGUCGAUGAAUGUUGGCGCCAACUCAUCCUGUAUUGUGCCAAUAACAAUGCCUAUUUCGGUUGUGACUUGCCCGAAUCUAUCGUAAAUCAGGAGGAUGAAGAUCCAGUUCGGUUGGAAGCUUUUGUGCCUUAACUCGUUUACCAAAUAUUCAUAUCUCUUAAGCCUGACGUAAUGUAUUAUUAGCACACAAAGUGCUAUAUUAAGGAAUAAAGUGACUCCAAAUGA